AACUAACGUGAACACGACCGUUGCAAUAAUGUAAAAAAAAAAAAAAAAGGAAGAAAAAAAUUAAGUUAGCGAGGCUGAUUUGACUGCAAAAUUGGGGGCAAGCAUAAUGGUCCAAGCAGCAUUUAAAAACAAAAUGGGUGAAAAGAAAUUAAAGUAGCGGCUUAGCCAUAUGUGUUUAAAUUUUUAGCAACAGGGAAGAGGGCUUGUGAGCCUGCUUAGUUCAUGCUAGCUGCCAGUUCCCCUGUGCUGUUUGGUCUAACGAAAUGAUAACUUGUGCGGGCAGGGAAGUAACGUUAACGUAUCGUCGGGACUUAAAAUGAGGGCUUAGCGGUUACUGUUGUCUCCGUAAUAAUGCUAUAAAAUAUAGCAUUUUAACCCUAGACAGAGAACUUAAUAGUCGUGUGUAGUGCAGUAGCUUCAGAGAUGUUUUCCAAGUUCGUUAGCCACCAAGCUAACCUUCCUGCUAAUCGAGCAGCUAGCAAAGAGCCUUUGUCAGCCUGCCGAGGCGAAGUCAUUUCCUCACUUGUCUGUGUGAUUGUCGUCUACGUCGUUUCAGUUAACUCGUUUGUAAUCGCCAGUAAUAAUAACGGAGCUCUAAGUCAGAUGUCCACCAGCGUGGUCGAGGUCUGGCAACCAGAGGAUGCAGACCCAUUAGUCCCACUUCAGGCGGAGAAGGAACGCAGAAAAGAUGGUCUUCCAUUGGAAGACAGCUCCUCUCCGUAUACACGGGAGAAUUUGAGGCCCUUGCAUUUUCAACCACCAGCGCUGGAGUUUGGGACGCAGCCGCUGGGGCUGGCAAGAGCUGAAACCAUAUAUAUACACAAUCCCAGCCAGGAAGUUCCUGUGACACUGCUGUCAAUGUUUACAUCCAGCAGGCAUUUUUACAUACCUUUCUUUCACAGAAGAGUGAUUCCACCCAGAGGGAAGGCAUCUUUUAAACUAAUUUUCCUCCCGUCCGAGGAGGGCAGUGUAGAAAACACAUUAUUUAUAAACACAUCGGCCCAUGGCCUGCUGUCAUACCAGGUAUUUGGUGUGGGAGUUCACCAGGGUUCAUUAAAGUCUGUCCAAAGAAAGGAUAGUCUGCUAAUAUUCCCUCACAUCCAGAGCAUUAAGCUGACCCAAACUCAGGAAGAUGCCUCCAACAUCACCAUACUGGGUCUACUCCUGGAGUGCAGCUUACCGAAGAGUUUGCUCAACAAUCCUCAGGGGUUCUGCCUCCAGAAUGAGGAAGACCUCAGUCUGCAGAUUAAUCUGUCGGCGUGUGGUGACCGACCCGCUGACCUGGACAAACUCAAGCCUUACGUCAUUGAGCACAUUUUGGUGCUCCUGGUGACCCCUGCUGCAGGACAGGCUGCACUCGGGGAACCAAAAAUAGGAGUUUAUAUGUUAAAUUCUGGAGAUAAGAAGCUCCAUGUAAAGGACAUGCAGGUACUAUCAAAAGUUGAGGCCAGCCUGGAAUUUAAUCAGGUGCUGCUGAGACCAGAAGCAAAAAACUUCACUGAAGUGGCUUCACUUGCCUGCAGAGGUUCGUUGCCUGGCCACGAAAGAAAAUGUAUUAGUCAUAUCAGUUUAAAAAUACAGGGAAACCGGACAACCCCCAGCUUUCCUAAACUACAUAUCACACACAGACGGGCCGAGGGAGAUUGGUCCAGUCUGUUCCAGGUAAAACAGAGCGAUGCAGAUAAGCUGGAUCUGUGGCUGACAAACUCUCUCCUCCUGCCCCUCACUGUGACGAAAGCUAGCCUCUCACAGAAGCUGCAGGGGGUCAUGAAGGUGAUGAACUUCAGUGGUCCACUGACAGUUCCCCAGGGCUGCUGGCAUAUCCUGUCUCUGCAGCUGCUCAGCAAGGCCCUGCCUGUCAACCAGCUGUCCACUCUCAGUCUGGAUACCAGCCUGGGCACAGCCCUGCACAUUCCCCUUUACUUUCACUCUACUCCUUUCAAGCAGGGGGAAGUGGUGUUUGAGGCAGAGCGAGAAUGUGGACGAUCUUGCCCUCUAAGAUUGUCUGAAACGGGUCGUUCAGAGUGGCAGCGCUCCCUCCUGCCAGACUUUUUCUCCUCAGCUUGGCCUGUAGACAGCAAACUGGCUGCUGAGCUCUGUUCUCGAUGGCAGAGCCACAAAGACAAGCUGCCUUGCAGGUGGCCCAGACUGCCCGUAGAGACUUCCUCUCCUUUGGAUUUUGGUGCUACACCCGUCAAUGAGAGCAAGGUGAAGACGUUCACGCUGAAGAACCCUUCCUCUUCAGUGGUUUCUAUAGAAAUUCGAAUCCUUUCCCUGUACCCUGCCCCCAUGGAGGCCCUUGACCUCCUAACUAAAUGGUUUAACAUCAGCCCCCUCUCUGUCAACGUCAGCACUACAGAGUUUUCUUUGUUGGCUUCUCCUCCAAAGGCGGGUGAGAACAUGGGGGACGCAACAGGAGAAGGUGUCCUGCGUCUGCUGCUGCAGCCCUGGGAGGCCAGAGAAGUCGCUGUGGUCUUUACUCCCUCUGACCACAAGCCCACCACUACCGUUCUCAUCAUCAGGAACAACCUGACAGUGUUUGACUUGAAGACGGUGCAGGGCCACGGGGCCAAAGAGCUGCUAAGAGUUGGAGGCAAACUGCCGGGCCCAGGAGCCUCUUUGCGCUUUAAUGUUCCUCAGUCAACUCUAAUGGAGUGUCGAGAUGGUCUGCGCACCAACAAGCCGCUUUUCGCCAUCAGAAAGAGUUUCAAGGUGGAGAAUGCAGGGGAGCUUCCUCUGACAGUCAUGUCAAUGAACAUAAACGGAUAUAAGUGUCAGGGCUUCGGCUUUGAGGUCCUGCAGUGUCGCUCCUUCAUCCUUGACCACAACACGUCCUCUGAGAUCACCAUUGCGUUCACCCCAGACUUCACCUCGUCCUGGGUGAUCCGGGACCUCACCCUGGUCACCUCACGUGGUACUUCUUUCCCUUUCACCCUCAACGUGACGCUGCCCCACCACAUGUUGCCUCUCUGCGCUCAGGUGGUUCCUGGCCCCAGCUGGGAGGAAACUUUCUGGGUGGUCACGCUCGUCUUCACGUGCUUCUCCCUGUUCGGUGUGUGUCUGAUGGCCUUCCAUCAGGCGCAGUAUAUCCUGAAUGAGUUCUCCACACCCAGCAUCAGGAGCAACCACAACUCUGUCCUGUCCCGGGACAACGGCCCCAUGAGUAACCUCACACCCAAUGGAGUAAAUAAAACGAAGGGCAGCUGUAAGAGCUAUGUGGACACAUGUCACACCUCAGACAAAGGUAAAGGGCGUGGCUCUCCAGCCCUGGCCAACAGCCCCGCCCCACGCCCUCAAUCCUCAAAAAAAGGCUCCUCAGUCACCCCAUCCCAGACACAAAAGAAACACAAGGUUUCAUUAUAUUACACCAAAUACAAGUCCAGCUUGUCCACAGCAUCAGCUGGUCCUGUGACAAUGGAUGAAGAGCAAGAGGACCUAACACCAGACCCUUCCCUGACCCCAGACCCCGAUGUCUGCAACAACAACGAACCAGCUUUCAUCAGCGAGCUGGAUAAAAAGACAUCUGAAGACUUUAAAGAGGAACCCCACAGCACUAUAGAACAUGUAGUGCCAGCAGAAGUUAUGUUUCCCAUGGAAAUGCCUACUGGUUUCCCAGAUAACGUCACACUGAGUCCAGGACCUAGACCGGGCCUGUUGGUGUGCAGCCCUGUGGAGAAGAGCUGCACUGAGCACUAUGCAGAGAAGAUCGACUCUGAGAAAAGGGACAGUUCUGAAAUGGAGCUGAGAGUAGAUGAGAAAGGCCAGAAAAAGAAAACAGUGCAGAGACUGGGACUGCAGAGUGCAGAGACUGGGUCUGCCUCAGGAAAUAAUAAGGGAAAGAGGAGUCGCAGGAAGACAGAAACUGUCUCCAGUGCUCCUGAGCACAAUGUGCUGCUGAUGCCAGAGAGGGAGAAGGAACCCGAUUGGAAAACAGGGGACCGUAACAUCAGUGGAACCCGCAACAGGAACCGCUGCUGCAACGGCUUGAAGUCAGAAGCACCAAAGCCUGGACACAGUGCUGAGAGCCCCCUCAAACAGAACGGUGUGUGUCCUGCUCGUAGUCGACGGAAAUGCACCACAGAACGGCGUGGCGGCGGCGGCGGAGUGUGCGAGUCGGGCUCGGACUCCGGCAGCUCGUCGGGCAGCGUGAGGGCCAGCAGAGGGAGCUGGGGCAGCUGGAGCAGCACCAGCAGCAUGGAGGGAGACCGAGACCCCAGUGCCCGAACACACGGCUGCAAUACCUCAUCGAGAAAAAGGGACUCGGUGCAGUACGGGAUCUACCCAGACUGCUACCAAACCAUCAGUACAAACUACAAGGCUCAAAGCAUGAACAACUUGUACCGUAAAGACCAGUGCCAAAGCCCAGAUCCCCCUGCGUCCAGCUUUGCCCAGAGUUUUGCUUCUGUUGCUGCAAGAGUGGACAGAAACAUGGAUAAAGACAUUCAUAACCUGGCAGGUCAGUAUUUGCCUGAACAGACGUGGUCGGCCCCAUCCAUCCCCCUCACCAAUGAGUUCAGAUACAACGCCACCGAAGCUGUGCCCUACAUACCUCAGCCAGCAACCACCGCGUCGUAUAACGGGUUUACUUGGAGCAGUGCCAACAGCCAUUGCAACAGUCAAUACGCCUACUGCGACGAAGCCAACUAUAUAGAUAAAAGAACUUUUCCGAGCGGUUUUCCCAGUCAGGACGGCCAGAACGCUCACUGCAGUCAGGCCGGCUGGUGUGAGGAACAGCCUCAGGAAUCGCCCUCAACCUGGGAUACAGCAGCCUGCGUGGGCAGCAAGCCAUACUUCUCGGGUACCCGCAGCCUCUCCCCCAUGUCCAGUCUGUUUGGAUCCAUCUGGACCCCCCAGAGCGAGCCCUACCAGAGCCACUUCCAACCUGAGCGAUCAGUCCCGGUGUCUCCGAUGUCCCCCAUCACCCCGCCUCAUUCUCCCUUCAGCCGGGAGCCGGAGGGGAGGUGCGCACCGAUUCAAUACUCCAGCUUCAACCCGUUCGGCCCACACAUGAACCUGGACAUAUGGAACUCGUCCUCCAACCGCAGCUCCAACUCACAGCUCUCCAACGACUCUGGCUACUGUGGAGAUGUUUAAAAUAAACAAGAUUAAAAAAAAACAAGAAUGGCAGACCUUAACAAUAAGUGCAAACAUAUAAAACAUUGAUAUGUAAAAGAAAGGAAAUAAAAAAUGAAUGUUCUUUUAUCAUUAA